UGUUACCAGUUACCACUCUUCAGUGUUCCUCCACCUCCGGUGCAGUACCGAUCGAUAGGACGGCGGUACGCGUCGCAAUUUUUUACGGUUUCUGUCGGUUCCCGGUUUAACCACUUCCGUAAAAGUGCACCACAGUGAAUAUAGUGGUACCGAGUAGUACCCUAGACGGAUAGUAGCGGAUUUUUAUGUGUUUUUCUCAACCAGUGGUUAGAUGGGUGUUUGGUACUGUUUCCGAAGGAAUUCGGUGCGAUAGGAGUGGUCGACGGUCGUGACAGUCGUACCAAAAGCCUUCAGUAAUAAACCUUUUAUUAAUCAAACACAAAAAUUAUUAUCAUCAUGCUGCGAUAACGUCGUUCUAACAAUUACCUAGGAAGGUACGUAAAAUAUUCUUAGUACCCGACAACAACGGAUAGUUGAAAGUGAAAGUACGCGCACCAUGAAGACCGCAAAGUACCACCGCACAAACCAUCGGCGUACCUAGUGCUUUCUUCUCCCCCCAAAAUUAAUAAUCUUUUAAAAAUACGACCAAAAUGUGGAGUUCGGGUGGUCAGACUAAAGGGGGCGCCAUAACGCGUCAUCCCUCCACUUUGGAACCGCUGAAUCUGGGUGUCAGUGGGGUCGGUGGUGGGUUUCUCGGGGGGAACAAAAAGUGGACUAAUAGGCCUGCCUCGUGGGCCGCUCCGGCAAACGUCAACAUUUUUCCUCCUCAGGAUAGAAAUAAUGGACAUAAUGUGCAGUCGCUGAAUGGACGGAGCGGGAACAACAGGGGGUUCGCUUCUAAGGUCGAUCCCGAGUUGAUAUUUACGAAACAAGAACGAAUAGGCAAAGGCUCGUUUGGUGAAGUUUUCAAGGGAAUAGACAACAGGUCAACGCAGGUAGUUGCCAUCAAAAUCAUAGAUUUAGAGGAAGCCGAAGAUGAAAUCGAGGACAUCCAGCAGGAAAUCAUGGUGCUGUCACAGUGUGACAGUCCGUUCGUCACCAAAUACUACGGAUCCUAUCUCAAGGGUACGAAAUUAUGGAUCAUUAUGGAGUACCUUGGAGGUGGUUCAGCUUUGGACCUGAUGAAAGCCGGAAAUUUCGAGGAAAUGCACAUUGCCAUCAUCCUCAGGGAGGUUCUCAAGGGUUUAGACUACCUCCAUAGUGAAAGAAAGCUUCAUAGGGACAUUAAGGCAGCUAACGUCCUGUUGAGCGAAAUGGGAGACGUCAAAUUAGCCGAUUUUGGUGUGGCUGGACAGCUAACAAACACGACCAGCAAAAGAAACACGUUUGUAGGCACGCCAUUUUGGAUGGCUCCGGAAGUCAUAAAACAAUCGGCCUACGAUUCCAAAGCGGACAUAUGGUCGCUGGGAAUCACGGCGAUCGAGCUGGCCAAAGGGGAACCCCCCAAUUCGGAGCUGCACCCGAUGAGGGUGCUGUUUCUUAUUCCGAAAAAUAAUCCUCCCCAACUCACGGGCAGUUAUACCAAACAGUUUAAAGAUUUUGUAGAAGCAUGUUUAAAUAAAGAUCCAGAGAAUAGACCGACAGCUAAAGAGUUGCUCAAAUACCCGUUCAUAAGGAAAGCCAAGAAAAAUUCGUAUUUAAUCGACCUGAUUGACAGGUAUAAGAAGUGGAAAUGUACGAGAAACGAGGAAAGUGAGACAGAAUCUGAAAAUUCCGACUCGGAAGAUCCUAAGCUAGACAGCGACAUUGAAUCGACCGACUGGGUGAUGACAGUCAAGGGAAACAUGAAAGUACAAUCGGAAGAAAUAACGGCCUCGAAUCAGAAGAACAUCAACUAUCAGAACGGUUCGAGUUCGGCCAUAUCUCGAUCUCCACCGACGGAUUCCAAUCUGAAUCACUACAGAUCGGACAAAAAUAUCCCACCUGUAACGCAAACGCCCGUGACCGAUAAUAGAAAAGAAAGGAUCGAUAGGGACCAUCACCAUCGCACCGACAGAGACAGGGACAAAGAUUGGGAAAAAAGAAGUUCGAUUACUCAGGGACCUGCCAGGGAUUCCAGUCCUUUGGAUCAUCGGGGGGAUCCCAGUCUGCAAGACUCUAAAGAAAAUAAGAAAGCCAAUCGCAGAUCGACCUCUGGUGGAAAGAGCGAUAGCAGGACGUCGGUGACUAGUUUCGUAUACCCGUUGAUAAUGGAUUUGGAAAGAAAACACCACUACAAUGGCCGAAACAGCGACGGUUCCCACAAAUCUAGCGACGCCCUGGACGAACUGAAGAACGCGUUCGAAAUAGCGGAAAGAACGAGUCCGGGCAUCAGCGAAAAGUUCGUUUCCGAGUUGGUGCAGAAACUAGUGCCAUCUAUAUCCGAUCAGAGGCUGAAAGGCGUCCUCGAUAGAUUAAGAAACGCGAUGUAAAAUUCUUAGCUGGAAAAACCACACAGGAUCUAACACUUUCCGAACUUUUUUCAAACAUGACAAUAUCUUCAUGUCCAAUUUAAAAUACAUAUAUGUUUAAGCACUGUACAGAAAAAAAACUAUGAGAAUAUUUAAAAUAAAAACGAGUUGACAUUUGCCAUCCGAAACUAAAAUAUAUUUUGACUAUUUUAAGUUUAAACGAGAUAAAACAAUCUUUCGGAAGUAUUAUUCACACUAAAACACAUCUAUUAACGCGCUAGAAUAUGGAAAUAUUAAUAUAUUUUGUAAAUUUGAUUUGAUUUAGGAUAUAUAUUGCCAAGUCCACGUCGAGAUGAUUUUUUUUUGUAAAUAUUGUAUAUUUUAAUAAAACUAUACUGUAAGAAUAUAUUUCUUCACUUAUAUAUUUUUAGGAGGUCGAGAUGUUACGAGUUUCUCGAGUUUCUUCAUUUUUAAUGCGUUUUUAUACAUUUUUUUAAAAGGAUCCAGAGAAAUAAGUAAAUAUAGAGGCGUAUACAAACAACUCUAUAUUUACUUAUUUUUCUGAGUAAUUAAUUUUCAAGUUUCUUCUUUUCAAGUCUAUUUUUUUCCAUUAAAUUUGAAGAACUCAUAGAUAUUGAAAAUGUGGUUUAGACAUUUUUAAACGUACAAAAAAUCUAACAAAGGAACUUACACUUUUAUUUUUUUAAAUAUUAUUACUAAUACUAGAGAAUUACCACAGAGUACGUGUUUGUUACGUUGAAUUUAUCGCGUGUUAAAAAAACGCCGUCGCGGUAGCUACUUGCUUGUCAUUUUUAUUCAACCAUACUAAUUAUACUGUGCCAUGGUAUUGUAAUUUUUUUAGAAGUUGAGAUUUUAUGUAUAUUUUAAAAAAAUGUAAUAAACCACAAAUGUAACAAAACAUCAACGGUGUAAAAACAGAUAAUGUGUAUGAAAGAAAAAUAAUGUGCCAGGUGAUGGUAAAGUAUUAUUUUAAAAACAAAUAUUGAGUUGGGUACAUUUUAUGAAAAUUUAAACUCUAAGAAAAGAUAAGGAAAUAAGUGUUUUUGGUAAAAACACUGACUGUAAGCUGUUGAAAUGUUUAAUAUUCUGCCCAUAAAUGUGGAAUCGUGUUUAAAUACUUGUAAAUAAAAUGAGAAAAUUGCAUAGAAUAACCGCAGCAUUCAGAACGUUUAGUUUUGUACUGUAUGGUAAAGAAAAUAAUGUUAUAACGUUUUGAUUUGAGCAUGCUAAAGACUGAAAAUAUACAGGGCGAUUUCUUAAAAUGAUGCAAAUGUUUAGUUAGACCUCAACCUAAUCUAUUUUGAGCUUAUUGGAUGAAUGGAUAUUAAAAAAAUAAAUCGAGAUCUACUAUCAACAAAUAUUUACACUUAUUUAAGAAACGCCCUAUAUAUAAUCAUAAAAAUGUACCCUAACGUUAUACAAAACUAAAGUAAAAAUGUGUUAUGUUUAUAUUUCUUCGAAAGAAAGUCAGAAUUAAAAAGAAAAUAUGAUUAAUAAUACAUGUCAAUAUAGGUGUGAUAAAAACUUGACUGUAAAAAUGAAUAAUUAUAUAGAAAUAUGAUAAUAGAUAACAAUGUUAUUUAAUUACAAUAAUUAACACUAAAGUAUGUCGGUUAAUGUUUUUAAAUAUCUCUUACAACAUUAACUUAAUAUUUAGGUACCUAUCAAAAGCACUAACUCUCUCAAAAGAAAAAGUGUUCUUCGUGUAAACUCCUCAUCUUCAGACAGUAUAUUUCUAUAGACGAAAAAAGUUAGAAGUAGUUUUUUAUUUUCUAAAAAAACCUUUUGCAUCUAUCUACUUUACUCUAUAGAAAUAAAAUCAUUAUCUAAAUCUGUUAUAAAUAUUUAGAUAAUGAAUCAGAAUCAUUAUCUAUAUUACUGUAAAUCUUUUAGAGUAACUGUGAUAACGGUGAACAAUAUAAUAUAAAAUUUUCUAAUUAAAAGUUAAACAGCAUAGUCAGUGGUGUACUCAAAGGGAUAUUUUUUAUUCUUUGAGUUAGAUAAAAAUAUGUUGACUACACCACUGCGUUUAGUGUUGUGGCACUAAUAUGAACUAGAGAACGUAAUGUUUCUUUGAAAUAACGUAGAGUGUUCUAUUAACGUUCAGUUUCAAGUUAGUGUGUUACUGUUUUACUACCAAAUUAUUUUACAGGCAGUUCGAGAUCUGCUAUCCUUGUACAAAAGACUAGUAUAUAUUAAUAAAUAAAAUCAUUCAA